CUUCGGUGCCGUACAGUGUAAGAAUUUUUUUUGUUUAUAAAAUGAACACGGGGUAACGAUGGAGAUUUGGUAAGAAUGGCCAUGCUGUAUUGUCUCCUGCAAAAAGAACAAUCUAACUUGGCAGAACGCUUCAAUAUGUUCAAAGCUUCAGACAGUGCUAGGCUACAAGAACGAAGUUCCACUAUUAAAAUCCAAAGUUGGUUCAGAUCGAUCAGAGUUCAAAAGUACAUAAGAUAUUUACAUAGAUGUGCCACCAUAAUACAGAAAACCUAUAGAGGCUAUGUCGGUAGAAGUCUGUACCGUGAGAUUGUACAGAACAAAAUGAAUUUGAUGAGAAAACACUACUACGAUGUCAUGGCAACCAAGAUUCAAGCACGAUGGAGAGGUUUUUACAUACGAAAAUACAAAUUUGAUUUUUAUGCACGAAAAAGAUAUCUUAACGCACUGGUUUGUAAAAACGAGAUAUUCAGACAACAAGUAAAAGAAAUACAAAAAAUGAAUGAAUUGGAAGAAGAAGCCAAAAGGAUUGACAAUCAGAUGGCAGCAGCCACGUUUGUCAACAGAAAAACACAUUAUCUCCUCAGUACUAAUGUUUGUCCUGGAAUAUAUAACUCGCCUAACGAAAAAUCUCUCGACAAAGAAUUCGCUCUACGCAACUCUCAACCAUUUAGUAAGAACGAACGCAGAAAGUUACAAAGAGAUAUGCAAUUAAAAUAUAUUAGAACCAGCACUGGCAUACCAAGGGCUGAAGAAACAGGGAAGGAUGUUAAUGUGUGUAUACUACCUGUUGCUACGCAGAAACCUCAGGGUCCGUUCAGAAGCCCCGAGGAAGUUCAAAAACAGCGUUAUAAAAGAUUAGAACCCAGUCUUCGUGUUGCAACGGAACAUCAAUCUGUAGAAAAAGCUAGAACCCUACUGCGACAAGAAGAAUGGACCAAAAGAAUCAUCGAUAAGAGCUUCUUACCUUCAACGAAAACAAAUUAUCCUUACGUUCCAGCGCUUGAUUCGUCCACUUUCUAUGGAAGGGUUGAUUAUGGCACAAAACAUUUUAGAGAAGACGUCCCCGAGAAACACAUUCAUGCUAAGUCGUUUCAACGUGUUGUUUCGCCGAUUCCUAUCUUCGAGCAGCUUGGAAAGACAUAUUGAUAAACACAACCUAUUUAUGUAUAUAUAAAUGAACAUAAUAAAUUGAAUUUUUUUUAAACAAAAUCUUACGUUGUCCAUUUUUAGUUUACAGAUUUAUUCUUUUUUUUAUAUAUUUCACUAUACGGGAGCUUUCCCUACUGCAUAAGGGCGCUUAUUAAUCCAGAAAUAAAUGA